GCACGCGGGUUCCCGCGGAGUCCGGCCGGUCUCGGUCCGCACCGCCCUGCCUGCGCUGCCGGUCCCGGUCGCGGUCUGCACUGCCGGUCUUGGUUCGCACCGUCCUGCCGGCACCGGGACACAGGCUCCCUGCCCCUCUCCAGGCCCGAUGGUCUGCCAAGAGAGCGAGUACCUGGAUGAGCAUCGGAAAUGCACGCCCUGCAGAAACUGCAUGCCUGGGCAGGAGCUUUCCAAGGACUGCGGCGACGGCAGCGGCGGGGAUGCACAGUGCGUUGCCUGCCCUCCCAGGAAGUUUAAGGACAGCUGGGGGCAUCACGGCUGCAAGCCCUGCCUCUCCUGCAGCCUCAUCAACCGCAUCCAGAAGUCCAACUGCACGGCGACGACCAACGCGAUCUGCGGGGAGUGCCUGCCGGGGUUUUACCGCAAGGCACGGAUCAGCGGGCAGCUGGACUGGGAAUGCAUCCCUUGCACCAAGCAGACGCCUUCCUCCGAGCCUCAGUGUCGGUCCAGAACAAACCUGGUGAAGGUAGCCGUCCCCACCGUACCGCCACAGGACACGGCCCUUCUUGCACUGACCAGCAGCGCCCUGGUCAUCAUCGUACUGGUGCUUCUGGCACUCUCCAUCAUCUACUGCAAGCGGUUUUGGAAGAGCCAGUGCCAGCGAGUCUUCCUGAGGACUCAGAACUUCUCGGGCCAGCGAGCAAUGUUCCCGACGGCAGCGGCGCCCGGCAGAUUCCUGUGCGAGGAGCAGAUGUCUGGUCCCUGCUGCCUGGGUGUGAAGAACCUGAGCCCCUGCUACAGGCAGGCAGAAGGCCCCGUGGAAGCGGUGCAGUUCAUUUCGGAUGGGGAAGCCGUGGGUCUCCAGCUCCCCUCUCUCCAGCCGGAGAUGGACUUGCCGCCGGCCAUCGCGGUCAGCGCUGCCUCCAAAGCUCAGCUGGGCAGGAGCCUCCUGGAAAGCCAGCCCCUCAUCCGGGCAUCAGGCCGCGGCGACUGCCUGGCCGGGGUCCUGCCGCCCUCCGACCCCCGGCAGGGCCAGGCGGGCACAGCGGAGGCGCUGGCCCCCCUCUCCUCCUGCGCCUCCGAGAUGCAGCACAAGUGGCCGCACACCCCGGUGGAGUGCACCGAGCUGGACCUCCAGAAGUUCUCCACCCAGGCGGAGUUUGUGGGCGGCGAGCGACCGGAGGACGCGGCGAGCCGGGUGGCACAGAGGAACCCGGCAGAGAGCGGUGGCACGGGGCGGGAGGGGGCCCGGCACCUGCCCUCCACCUUCCCGAAUCCCACCGCCGAAAGCGGGGAGCAGCCGGUGGAUGAUGCCCAGAGCCUCAUGACUCAGAUCAGCAGCACGGCAAAGGGUCUCCCGGUAGCAGAGCUGCCCCAUUCCUUGGUGCAGUCACUUGCCUUCUUGUUGGACCCUUCCUUGAACGGUGUGAAGAACUUCAGCCACGUGGCCCUGGAACUGGGGGUUGCACCCCAGUUGCUGGGACGGAUAUCUGGAUUUGAGCAGCUUGUCGCUCACUUCACCUACUCGGGAGAUGCGGUCACCAUCCCACUCCUGGCCCAAGCUCUGCAGCGGCUCCAGCGGUUCGAUGCCUUGCUCCUGCUCUGCGACCACUUUGCGCUCAGCCAGGCUCAGGGCCGCCAGCGCUAGAGAGGACGGGGAAGGGACGGAGGAGGCUCCAGGCACUGUGUGUACUGGUACGGGAGAGGAUCCGCUAGCCCUGCGGUCACAUAAUCUCUCUGGUGUGCACGUGGGGAGUACGUGGAGAUGGUCUUUGCAUCGCAGAACAGAAGGACGCGAGGGGGAGCAUUCCUGCGAGGGGGAGCAUCCCUCCUCGGGGGAGAGCCAGGGGGCUGCAGCCGUGCCUCCUCCCAGCCUCCCCAUGGGAGGGUUCGCUCAGACCCCUCCGCGGGCCGUUUUUCUCCAGCUGCGGUGACGGCCUUGUCUGGCCGCGGAGUGCCAUCGGUCACUGUGCCGCCCGUGCCGCGGUGCUCUCGCUCUGCAGUGAGCCCCUGUGCUGCCCCUGCUGUUGGCGUGGGGUCCCUCAGCCACCGGGCUCGGUCUCCGCAGGCAGCCACCCUCCUACAGGGCAUCACCUCCCUCCCAUUCCUGCUUUCCCGUCCUUCAUCUGGCCCGUGCUCUGCUCUCCCAGGUGCUGGUUGCCACUUUCCCACUUUACUUUUCGCUCGCUCCUCUCCCUCUCUGUUGAAGACAGUCCUCGGCAGAGGACCUGGCCAUGGCUGCUGUGCCAGGCUCUGGCCUUCGGUCUCCCUGUGCCACUCUGGCACCUUCCCCUUCGUGUCCUUUUUUUGAAGCAGUGCAGUUUUCUUGCAGGAGUCUCAGAUUGAUCCCCGGGGUGGGUUGAUGUAUGUCCUUCUUGCAGCUCGGUGCUGUGGCUGCUGGCCUGGGGAGGGUGCUGGCUCAGUCCCCGGGCUCCUGCCGUGCGCCCUGGUCCCGCGGACGUUCUGCUGACUGCCACCUCCGUGCGCCAGGGCUUUGCAAACCACCCGGCUGCUUCGCCACCAUGCCCCGGGGAGCAGCCAGCACCAGGCAGCAGCUGGAGGCUGAAGCCGUGACCGUGGCUGCCUCACAGUCAGCAGUGACGACCCUGUGCUGGUCAUGGCAGAGCCGCCUUGUUUUAAAACAAUCUUUUUUUUUUUUUUCUGCCUAAAAAUGACCUAAUUUUCUCAUUUCUGGGAGUAGCUGCUAGGGAGAGGAGCACCCUUCUGCUUUUAAUUUCUUCCUGGAGGAUUUGUCAGAGCUUGCAAUGGUCCCGCCUGUGCCGGGCGCCCCUGAUUUCACGUGUCGUGCCCUGGGGCUGGUGGCUGCAGGUCUCCGGGCUGUUCUGAAUCCGCCCCCAGCCUCUGGGGCAUUACACGGGGUUUUGCCCCCCCGAUGGACGGGCCUUGGGGGGGAUGCGGCGGGAGCCCGUGCCGGAGCCGAGUGCCGCUCCUGCCCGUCUCUCUGCAGUUUGGCAUGUCUGGCGGGGGCGAGUGCCUGCGCGCAGGGCGAGGCGGCGCGGGGGCGGCCAGGCAUGUGGGGAGCUGCCCCGGCGCGGCUGCCAGCCGGCGUGGGGCCAAGGCGGCGGUGCCGGCACCCGGCCGCGGAUGCCGUUCCUGCUGAGGUCAUGGGCAGAGCAGCCGGCGGGCGCCGGCGACCCGCAGCUCUCCGCGACCGGCCGGUCAGUGCCGAGCACCUUCAGGUGGCAUCCCAAUAGCGUCAGCCUGGGUUGUCCCGGGACCCCCGGGGCGGCAUCGCCGGGGCUGAGCCGGCGGUACUCGCUUCGUUGCUCCGUCCCGCAACGCUGCGGCUGGAUCCGGCGAGCGGUUUCUGCGUUCUCCCCUGUCACCGGUGGCCGUGGCCGUGCCGGCGGCGCGGCGGUCGCCAGCAAGCGGCACUGUUACCCUGCCGCCCGCCCGGGCACCCGCCGGGCAUCCGCGGCUGAGCUCCCAAGUUUUUUGCCUUUUAUCUGACCACAGUACUCGGAAAAAGCGGGCGACCUUCUGGGAAGGCAGCCCUUUCCUCAGAUCUGCCCGAACGCGGGUAUUAAUAGCUGCUGUUCUUUUUUCUUUUCCCCGUUAAAUGCUGUUAAGACUUGAACGCGCUCAGGAUGUGGUUAGAUAAGGGGAGGCACGGGCAGUUUCAGCUGGAUGUGACACUUUCUCUCCCCUGCUGUUUGUUUCUUCCAAAGUUAAGGUCGUUUUAUUGCUCUGUGCUCCGCAAGACCCAGAAGUAUUAGACCUUGUACCCAUUUUAGGCUGGGGUUAGUCAGGCGCUCGUUACAUGCUUGGUCUGUUACAGAGCAGUCAGGAAAAGUAUUGCUAAAGCAAACACAGCCCGGGGUCAGGGUUUUUUCAUUUGAGGUUUAUCUGCGGCAGGGAGAGAGCAUUUGGAUUAAUCACGUAACAAAAUGGAAUAAAUAUUUAAUCCGUCUGUGGACACGCUUAGUCACUUCCAGCGGGAGCGAAGAUAAAUUCACCUACAGUGUCUGAGUCAGAGCAUUCAUGCAGCUCAACUUGCCAGCUCUGGCUUUGAAGUUGGAACCGGUCUGGGUGGGUGGCUUGUCCUGUGUGUCCCUGUGUACGUGUGUCACCGGUGCCACCAGUGGGUGGUCCCUCGGGGUGCCCAGAGCCACGAGCCGGCCUCCUCCUGUCCCACGGCAGCAUCACGAGCAAGGGAUGGGCAGGAAUGGCUGUUAAAUUAAAAACAGUGAAUAAUGAGGAAAUCGUCCCACGUGUGUGCUGCAGGUCCUCGCAUUUGUCCCUCCUGCACGUGCUGAGCAGUUCUGCUGGUGUGCCAGUGGGUGGGCUCUGGACCCAUUGGAUGGAUUAUUUUUUAAUUUUUUUUUCUCCCUUUAAAGAAAUCAACCCCAUUCCCUUCAUAGUUUUUAAGGUAAACUAUUAUUUUUCAGCUGUUUGAUGUCUGAGCAAUAUUAUUCACCAUCAAAACUCAACCUCUGCCUCGAGGCUGAGGAGGUGGCCUGUAGGGUGGGCGUGUGCCGUGCCAUAUACAAUGUGUAGGGUGGGUUCGUGCGCGUCACAUACAAUGUGUAGGGUGGGUUUGUGCCCCUCUGGGUGCUGCCCCUUGAGCCCCAGCCGUGCCGCUGGGCACGCUGCCUGCUGCGCUGGGGUGGCAGGAGCUGGCAGUGCGAGGCAGGGGUGGUUUUAAGUGUGUUUUAACUGUUCUCUGUCCCACCCAGAGUCUCAUAUGCGGUCUCGGUGCAAGUCGCCGCAGUUGGUGCUCCAGGGAGGCUUGACCACACAUGAGAGCAUUGCAGGACAGGGAUUUUCAGCUGUGGAAUUUUACAUUACACAUUUUACAGCCCCAGCUCCCAAGGGCUGCUCCCCACUCUCACUGGUGUCCGUGGUGGGCACCCUCCUUCCAGCUGCAGUGACAAAAUCAGCUGUGUUUACAUGGGCCAAAACUUCUACAGGUGGCCUUUAACUCACCCCCCUGGGGACCCUUUUGGCUGGAUUGCCGCAAGCCCAGCUAAAGCCCUCGGGAGACGGGGAACCAUGAGAGCCUGAAAACAGGCAAUAACGCUGCAAUUUGGACAUCAGAAAUGUGGCAGUCCCUGGGCGGUGAAUUUCUUUAGCUGGGAACCAAUGGACUUGAUACUUGACUUUUGCUUUUUUAAUAGUAUUUUCAGCACAAUACAUGGAAUGUAAGGGAAGGAAAUUCCCAUAGCGCUGGAUCUCACGUUGCAGCAUCAGGAAGCUGUUCAUGCCAAGCUGGCAUGGCUCAAAAAGAGUUGAAAGAAAUCAAAUAAUUCAGCAUCUGUGCAAACUUUAGCUAGGGCUGAACAGUGGAAAUACUCUUGUGCAGCGGGAUUAUUUUUUUUACAAGUGAUUGGUUUUGACACCACUCUUGUCUGGAAGUCUGAUUUGCAGAGGAAUUUAUAUGAUAAGUUUAAAUCCAGCCCUGUUCUGGAAAGCUCUUAAGUGUAGACUUAAAAUAGGCAUAUACUUAAAUCCUAUUAAAGUGUUAAUUAAAAUGAACAAUUAGUACAUCCUUGGGUGCUUUUCUUGAACAGGGUGCUUAUAAGAAUUAUACCUUCAAUAUGCUCUUAGAGAAGCAGGCAAUACUGAAGAAAACUCAGUUUUAAUCAUCUGGGCACACUUCUCAGAAAAGUCUGCAAGUGUUAGGGUGAAAUGCCCUGUGUGUUUUGGAUUACUUAAUAAUGCAGACUCUGGUGCUUUUUUUUAGGAAAAUAAUAAAUACAUUUCUGUAGCCAUGGUUUACCUAGGGGAAUACAUGGUAUUUUUUAUGGUGGAUGUUAUUUUUCUUUAAGGUUAUGAAUAGGUUAUUUAUAUUUUUGUAAAUUCCGUGUCAUUACCAUUGUAAUUCUGAAGUAGAGUUGUUCCUGUUGUUUUGGGGGUGAUGUCUGUAUUCAAAUAAAGCAGUAGCUGAAGCUCCUGCCCUUUUCGUUAAACAAGGGGUGUGUGCGUGCCCCAUAUUCCUCCCAGACCUGGUGCUCUCGAAUGCUCUAUGUUUGUAGUUGAAUAAAUUUCAGAGCCGGA